GUAAGAGAAGCCGUUUACUCGCAUGCGAAAAAAACACGCUUUGCAACUGUGCAAUGGUGUUGCGCGCAUCGGGUGCAUACUGCGUGCUACAAAUCUUUGGAUGGACGUUUUCUGCACGAGGAAUUGAGCACUUUUGUAACUAACGUUACCCGACCGGGCGUUACUGGAACACUAGAACUCUAAGGACUGGGCAGUGACAAAAGUGUUUAUCAAAAACCCACCUUAAUCUUUCGCCAGGAAAGAGUGUCACAGGAUACAUCACAAGAACUCAGGUUAAACAAUGCAUUUACAUGACCUUUUGAAACGCUAUACAAGCUGAAAAAAAACGAUGUGUCCAAAUCAAGUUUUGCAUUUCGGCAGAGAUGAGAGAGAUGAACAUGGAACUUAGACCGUAAAGAAAGAGAAUCUCUUAACAGGCAGACGAGAAUAUGGCACAAACUGAGGUCAACAGGACAGCAACUGAGAGACGCUCGAUCGAGUGGAUGUGAAAUUUACCUGGACUUAAGUACAAUCAUCAGCGGCGUGCUUAACUCGUUCUGAGAUUAUUGUCACUUACUGCUGUGCAGAAAUCAUAUGCACGUGCAGUUACUCACCGCUACACGGUGAACAGCAGAAGCCUCUCGUGAGGCAAGAGACAGUUUACACUUAAGUAUCUUUAUAACUAAAUUAAGUCAAGGGUAUUAAUAUUCAAUACUUCAUGAUCUAUUCUUCAAGCAAUUUCAGAUACUGUAAUGUCAAUGGAAUCUGAAGACGCUCUCCACUUGUGACACAUCCUUGGUAUUUAUAUUGUGAAAAGGGGAAAAUAUUUGGCAUAUUUUAUGUUACACUUUAUUAUAAAUUGGAGCCCAUGCAUGCCCCAAAUAAGACUAUUCCUAAGGAACGCGGUCACUGCUGCACACGGGCUUGGUUCCGGAUUUUAAGCCCCAGGUUAUCGUAGUUUAUUUUUUCCAUUGUCUUCGAUUUUUUUUUUUUCCUUUAAAUUUGUAAUCUUGAUUCCCGAAGUGGCUCCGCAGUGGUGUUGCGGCUCCUCGUCCGCGGCGGAUCCGGAGAUCGGAGUCUCUGCAGCGGGAGGAGGCGGUAGUGGAACCCCUGCACCGGCGCAGGGUCCCAAAACCGGUCGGGUGAAAAGGAUGAUUCGACUGGCUGCAGAGCUGUUGCUGCUGCUAGGACUACUCCUCCUAACUUUGCACAUUACGGUGUUACGGAGCAGUCCGCUGCAUCAGGGAAAUGUGACUUUACACAACGACCAGAACACGCUGCUAGUAGAGAACAAUCUCAAUGCUGAGAGCGGCUCCUCUCCUCAGCUGUCGGCUGGCAACCGGCGCAUCGCUGCCGAGCACCGGCCCCAGUCUCGGGCCCAGCCCCACGGUGCCACCAGCGCCCUGCAGAGGGAUGGACCUGGAGCCUUCCUGCUGGACCUCCACAACUUCCCUGACCUCUCCAAGGCUGACAUAAAUGGACAGAACCCCAACAUUCAGGUGACCAUCGAGGUGGUGGACGGGCUGGAGGGGGCAGAGCCUGAGAAGGGGCUGCGCAAGGAAAAUAAGCCCAGCUGGGCCUCGCCCAACUGGAGGAACUGGUGGCAGCGCUCUUCCUCGGCCGUCACUCCACGCCGCCCCGAUGACCAGGACUACCCCUACGACGGCAACACCGACGACAGCAACUUCCUCAAACCCCUGGGGGACUGGGACAGACGGGGGGGUGCUGGUGGGAUGACCAAGGCCCAGACUGAGUAUGAUUACAUCGACGGUGACGGGGACUGGAGCACCUGGUCGGCCUGCAGUGUCUCCUGCGGCAACGGCAACCAGAAGAGGACCAGGUCGUGCGGGUAUGCCUGCACGGCCACCGAGUCCCGCACCUGCGACAUGCCGAGCUGCCCAGGCAUUGAAGACGCCUUCAAGACAGCUGCCACAGAAGUUAGCCUUCUCGCUGGAACGGAUGAGUUCAAUGCCACGGAGCUCUUUGGCGUUGAUACAGACAGCUGCGAACGAUGGAUGAACUGCAAGAGCGAAUUCCUGAAGAAGUACAUGCUCAAGGUAGCCAACGACCUUCCCAGCUGCCCUUGCUCCUACCCGACCGAGGUGGCUUACAGCACGGCGGACGUCCACGACGCCACCACGCGCAAGGACUUCCGCUGGAAGGACGCCAGUGGCCCCAAGGAGAAGCUGGAGAUCUACAAGCCCACGGCGCGCUACUGCAUCCGCUCCAUGCUAACGCUGGAGUCCACCACGCUGGCCUCCCAGCACUGCUGCUACGACGACAGCAUGAAGCUCAUCACGCGGGGGAAGGGGGCAGGCACGCCCAACCUCAUCAGCACCGAGUUUUCCGCCGACCUGCACUACAAGGUGGACGUCCUGCCGUGGAUCAUCUGCAAGGGGGACUGGAGCCGCUACAACCAGGCCCGUCCACCCAACAACGGGCAGAAGUGCGAGGACAACCCCCUGGACGAGGACUACUACAAGCAGUUUGAGGAGGCCAGGGAGUUCUGAGUCUUCUGGGAGAGCUUGAAAAAGGGGACGUUGAUGAACAAUGAACCUAGUUUGUGAAUCAGUGCGACCACUUCCUCCUGUUUGUUGCAGGCGAUUCUAUCAAAACAGAAUCCUGCAGAGUGCCAAGGACUGUUCAUAUGUUUACCCAGAAUGCCACAGCGGAGCUGAGGCCCUGCAGAGUCCUCUAGCUUGUCUAGUAUAAUUGAACUUCUUCCUGAAAGUGAAGUAACAGCCACAAAGCAGUCUCCAGUGCUUCAUCUUGUAAUAUUGAACAUCUUUCAGUGCUAUUCCAAGCAAAAAACGGUAUGCUGUUUCUUUUUUUUUUUUUUUUGAAAAUGACUUCUUUGAUAUGUCAAUCAGUGAGUGGACUUCAAAGGGAGGGAACAUUUAAUUUGUGUUGCACAGUGAGAAAAGAAAUUCGGCAACAAUAUUUUGGAUGACUUUGGGUCAUCUGUACAGUGUAUGGACCAGGAGGAGGAAAAAGGAACCUUUACAUUUGUAGUGAAACUUUAAAUGACUCGGCAGCUUUGCAACCUCUCACUCACAGUAGUGUUGCUAAUGCAUUCUGUUUCCAAGGAAAAACAAAGUUCUCAAACAUGCAGACAAUCAAAGGGGAACAUGGAAAACUGUUUAGCUUCAUUCUCAGUAAAAAGGGAUAUGGUGCAGCGACCAACCACAGCAGGCAAACCACUGCCUGUAGAUGGUAUUUAUUUACAGGAACUCACAACCAUACACAAAGGAAGCAGUCCUUUUUGUAUUCAAAGAGUCUGAUCUUCUCCAAUUGUCAAUUUGGUUUAAAUAUUCAGGUUCAUAUAUAAGCUUAUAUGCUUGUUUAUUUAGCAUGCACCAAUUUUUCAAAUAAUCUGUUUUUAUUUUCUUCUUUCUUUUUUUCUGGUCCAGACCAUUCUUUCUAAUGUAAAAAGCAACCCCUUGCAUUAUUUUUGUAAAGUAUUUAUUAAACUGUAGUUAUGUCUCACACAUUGAGUCUACUUACAGGAUGUGGUUGAUGUUUGGUGUACAAGGAAGGAAUGGGUGGUACAAAUGUAAAG